AUGUUUAGGCGCGGACAGAAAACGCGUUAUAUCCGCGUCAUCCUGAAAGCGGGAGCGUGGAAGCGAGUACCCAUGAAGUUGCUUAAGUGGGGCAGAAAGAUGCCGUCCACUAAACAGUACAAUCUGGUCCCGAACGACGAGUUCGACACGCGGAUACCUUUGCACCCUGAUGAGGCGUUUGAGUAUGGCAUCACGUUCCACGCUAAGUAUAUUGGGACAAUGGACGUGCCGCGCCCUACGAGCCGGGUCGAGAUAGUCGCUGCUAUGCGCCGAGUUCGUUACGAAUUUAAAGCCAGAGGAGUGAAGAAGCGCAAAGUCACUGUGGAUGUGUCGAUAGAUGGCGUGCGUGUGACUACUCGCACUAAGAAUAUAAAGAAAAAGAAGAGCUCGAAAUUCUUCAGCCGCAACAAAAACACUACCAGCGAGUGCAUUGAAAUCAUGCAUCACCCAAUCUACCGCAUCUUCUACGUGUCGCACGACAGUUCUGAUCUCAAAAUCUUCUCGUACAUAGCGAGAGAUGGAGCCACCAAUGUUUUCAAAUGUAACGUGUUCAAGAGCAGCAAGAAGGUAAGCAUUUUAGCACAGAUACAAACUAAUCUU